AUGGACCCACUCCCGUUUGAAUAUCAAAUCUGUGCCAACGCGGAACGAACUCCGAUCAAAAAGGAUGCCUAUUGGGGACCACAAACAAAUGAGUGUGCUAUACAAGGAUGCCUUUCCAAGAACUCAUAUAAAGAAGAGAAAUGCCAAAACCAGAUAGACGCCCUCUAUCAAUGUUGCAAGGCAUUCUAUGAAGCACGAGGCGAAAACGCACGAACCCCAAGCUGCCCAAAACCCGAUCUUCUAAAAUUGAAGAUGAAGCAACGAGCGGAGGAGAAGCGAGGCAGAGUUGGAUCCAACCAGAAUAUGUAUGGGGAUUGUCGAAUUCAUUCUAAGACGCUCGUGAGCACGCAAGAGGACCUCAAGGGACCUGAACAAACAUCGAGUGAACUCCUGACAGGAGUUCGUCUGAUCCGAGACUCUAAUGAACGCCUAUAUGACAUAUGUUGA